AUGGCAGAGGAUAUGGAUUCUGAUACAUGCGUCGGAUUCAAACGAACAAUCGAAGAGAUCCAAGAAACCCCAACUCUCACACAACGCUCUAACUCUCCAUCUGCUGCAAUUCCAGAACAAGGUAGCCACUCGUCUGAGAUCGUUUCUCCGCUGAAACAAGACUCACAUUUCACCGACAAGAGUCCUCCUUGUUCGGUCUCCGAUUCCUCUAAGAAGGUCAAGCUUUCACCUCACGGCCAAGUCUCUGAAACCCAUCUUGAAGAAAUUCAAGAAAUGCCCAAUUAUGUGAGUGGAAAGGCCGAAGCUUGCGGUUUAAUUUCUGGCCUAACUGUGUCUGAUGGAGUUGCUCAAGAUUUUAUGGAAAUUUGUGAAAUGGGUCUUGUUUCUGAUAGCGAAUUUGUGAAAACUGAGACUGAACAGACCCCGGAUGAUGAGAAAGAAAGGGUUGUUUCGGAUUUGGUUGACAAGAAAGGUGAAGGUUCUGUGAUAAGUGAAGUGGGUUUUGUUGAUAUCGAAAAGUUAAUGCAAGAGACGAAGUCUGUUACUGAAUUGGACUGCAAGGAAGGUGUGGAUGCUUCUCUGUCUACUUCUGUUGAAAACAAAGUGGUUUUUGUUGGAAAAGAAGCGGAAUCUCAGAGUUCCUUGGAACUGAAAAAGAAGCAAUUACUGGAGGAAGUUGAAGCCAUUCUUGUGCCUGCAGAAAAGACCCUUGUGCAAAGUGGUGCUGAUGGGUCUCUCAGUUCUUUCAAGAUUGAAGUAAUUGAUGAUACUGCAAUGAUAUCAUUGCUUGGCAAUGGCUAUGGAAAGGAGUUGGGUUUUCUGGGUCCUGCUAAAUGUGUUGCACAGGGGAAUGGAAACAAGAACGCAAAAAAAGAAAUGAAUGGGAAAGAAAAGGCAAGAACCUCAGGAAGAAAGGAAAAAGUGGCUAAUCAUCUGGUUGAAGCUCAUAGCGUGAGUUUAAGGAAAGGGAAAGGAACCAAGAUCUUUUACUCGAGGAUGGAGUUGGAGGCCAUGAGGUAUGUGAACGUGGUUGAACAAAAGAAACUGUGGAAAGAUAUAUACCGUGGACUUGGGCCAGUCGUGGCCAAGGAGUAUGAAAAUCUGGCAAGUGUUAAGCAUCAGAAGAACAUCCACAAUAACUUUGAACCUCACAAACGCUUUGAGAAGAUGGAAGUGCCACCUGGUAUUCUUGGGGAAGCAUUUUCAGAAAAUGUGGAUAUUGAAUUAGAAAAGUUGGUGAAUAAUCAAACCCAAGAUGCAAGUCCCCUGGACCCUUUUUGCAGUUACAGUGCCACUGAUGAAAAUGGCUACCCAUUUCCAGUAAAAGAGUGUAGUGAAGAUGAUGACAGUGAUGCAGAUUAUGCUAGCAUUCAGAGACCUGCCUUUGUGGUUGAAGGAGAACCCAACUUUGAUUCUGGUUCACCAGAAGAUGGACUUGAAUAUCUUAGGCGUGUCAGGUGGGAAGCUGCUCGAAUUCCAAAAGUGAGAAUAGCCAAGCUUGAUAGAGGUAAAUUUAACAUAGAGCAGAGUGAUUAUAUGCCCAAGAUUCCUGAGAUUGCCAAGUGUCCAGAACAAUUGCUGCCACUGAAACAGUGGGAGGAUGCUUUUCUUGCUGAAUUUUCAGAGCUAAGGCUGGAAAUUGACAUCCACUGGCCUCAUGACUGUUGCUUCCUUGGGAGCUCCAUUGAUCAGCUUUCCUUGUGGACUACUGAAGGCAGUAAUGCCUCUCUGCCUGCUGAGAACUUCAGUCCUAAGUCUCAUGUGAGCCAAAGUUCCAGCGACUCACCUUUGUUGUCGGUGAUCUUGCGAAUGGACUCUGUAGCUCGAGUGUCGAUGUUGAGAAAACGCAUAAAUGUGAUAGAGGCCAUGAGCACUCUGUCAAGGAAUGACUGUCUCUGGAUAUUCUCUGUGUGCAGUAGUUGA